CACUAUCCAAUAAUAUUUAAUAUAUAUCAAGUUAAAAAGAAAUAAAGAAAAAUAUAUAGUAAAAUUUUAUUAUUGUGAAAGAUAAAUACAAUGCACUAUCCAAUAAUAUUUAAUAUAUAUCAAGUUAAAAAGAAAUAAAGAAAAAUAUAUAGUAAAAUUUUAUUAUUGUGAAAGAUAAAUACAAUGCACUAUCCAAUAAUAUUUAAUAAUAUCAUAUGUUGCAUAUUCAAAAUAUAGCAUCCCGUAUUUAAUUAAUAUACUACUCCGAUGAGUUAUCGAUGAUUAUUAUUGGAUAUGAUAAAAUUAUAUUGAUUUUUACAGUAAUAACAUAAUCAAUCGCUCUUAAUUAAUUAUUAAGAGACAUCUAGGUAUUAAGAAAAUAAAUAAUAUUUAAUAAAAAAAUAAAAUAGACAUAAAAUGCAAAAUUAACUCUUGAUGUUUCAAAUUAAAUUGUCUUAUUUCAAACGAUGAUUUUACUCUACCACCCCUUAUUAUAAGUCAUUUAUGUAUACUGGGUUUGUUGUUGUUGUGUGUAUUAGAAAAUAAAGAAUAAUAAAAUGAUAUGUCAACAUAAAAUAUUUGAUUAACUGUCAAAAUUAUAUUAGUGUCACGUAGAUUGGGACGGGAUAGAAGAAGAUAUAAAGCAACAUAUAUUAUUUAAAAAUAAAUAAAAAGUACUAUAAAUAACAAUAAUUAACACAAAUUUCAAAAGUUGACUGUUUUCUGCUUCAGCUGCUUCAAUUGUGAUUUUAAUGUAUCACCCGUAAUUAAUUAUUACAAGUCACCUAUGUAUUGAAAAAUUAAUAAUAUUAAAUCCAUAAUUUUACUAUAUCACCUAUAAUUAAUUAUUAUAAGUUCUUUAUGUAUUAAAAAAUAAAUAAUAUUUAAUUAAAAAUAUAAAAUAAAUAUUUAUGACAUGUCUGAUUAAGUUGCUUCAAUCGUGAUUUUAUUAUAUCACUCCUAAUUAAUUAUUAUAAGUCAUUUAUAUCUUAACAAUUAAUAAUAUUUAAUAAAAAAUUAAAAUAGACGUUUAUGACAUGUCUGUUUUAGUUGUUUCAACCAUAGUUUUACUAAAUAUCACCCCUAACUAAUUAUUAUAAGUCAUUUAAGUAUUAAAAAUAAAUAAUAUUUAAUAAAAAUAAAAUAGAUAUAAAAAUGAUAAAUUAACUCUUGAUGUUUUAAAUUAACUUGACGUCUUAUAUGAGAUCCACAUAAAUUUUUCACAAGUAUUUUUUAUAGUAAUUUCGCUAUGUCACUUCUAAUUAGGUGUUGUAAGUCAUUUAAGACAUUUAUGCUUCGCUGUAUCAGUCGUGAUUUUACUAUAUCACCCCUAAUUAAUUAUUAUGGUCAUUUAAGCAUUGUGCCACAUAAGUUGAAAUAAAAAAAAUAUUAUAAAUCACAAUGAUAAAAAAUUUAAAUUAUUUAAAAAAUAUAGUUGGCUAUCGUCGACACAAAACUCUAGACAAGGAAAGUAGCAUAUAUUAUUCAAAAAUUACAUAAAAAGUAUUAUAAAUUACGAUAGUUAACAACUUAAAAUAUCUAAAAAUAAUUUAAUCUGUUAUAUAUUUUUAAAAAAUUACAUGAAAAAUACUAAAAAUUACAAUAAUUAACAACUCAAAAAAUUUAAAACAUAUAAAAUAUUUGGUCGACUUUUGAAAUUAUAUUAGUGUCACUGAAAUUGUAAUAGAAGAAAAGUAUUAUAAAUCACAAUAAUUAAAAAUGUAAAUUACUUUUAAAAUAUAAUUAACUAUCAAUGCCAUAAAAAUUUAGACAAUAAAAAUAACGUAUAUUAAUUUAAAAAUUAUAUAAAAAAUAUUAUAAAUUACAAUAGUUAACAACUUAAAUUAUCUAAAUACAUUUUAGAAUAACAUAUAUUGAACUCAUGCUAGAAUCCGGAUCAACCUAGAAAACAUAUGAAAUUCUUUUAUUAAAAUUUUUUAUUUAAAUAUAUUAAAAUUAAAAAAAAAUAAAAAAAUAUCUAGUAUCUCGUAUAAAUUGUGGGAUAUGUAAUUUCGGAUAAUGUGGGAUUAAUUAUCCUGACAUAACUAUUUUCGAAACCCCUAACUUUAGGUUUUGAGAAGAGGCACGUGGCCAGCAUACGACAUCUCUAAGAUUUAUUUAUUUUCUUUAUCUCUAACAUCAGACACCACAAAAAUAUAGAAGACAAUUUAUGUUCCGGCUUCUCAUCUUUCUUCUUUCCAUCUUCCCACAUACAACUUCCUAAGCAUCACCUAUGGCUUCUCUUCUUACCAAUGGAAUCUCACCCUUCUCUCCUCAAUCCAUCACUGAUCAACCUAAACCCCUUAAAGGGUCUACCUUUUUGCCUAAUUUACACGCCCCAAGAACCCCAAAUUCAGGCAAUUUCAAGAUUCGAGCUGCUGAGGUAAGCUAUGAUGUCGACGCCACUGUUGAGUUUCCAGGUAAUGAAGAAGACCCACUUCAGAAAUUCUUGAAAAGAGAUUAUAAAUGGGGUUUUAAUGAAAAAAUUGAAUCUUUUGCACUGCCGAAAGGGCUUUCUGAGGAGACUAUAAGGUUGAUUUCAUCUAGAAAGAAUGAGCCUGAUUGGAUGCUUGAGUAUAGGUUGAAAGCUUUUGAGAAAUUUGUUAAGAUGAAAGAGCCUAAAUGGUCUGAUAAUCAGUACCCAGAAAUUGAUUUUCAAAAUGUUUGUUAUUAUUCUGAACCUAAAAAGAAACCAACUUUGAAUAGUCUUGAUGAGGCUGACCCUGAACUUGUUAGGUAUUUUGACAAAUUGGGUAUUCCCUUGAAUGAAAGAAAUAGGUUAGCUAAUGUUGCAGUGGAUGCUGUUCUUGAUAGUGUUUCUAUUGCUACAACUCAUAGGAAGACUUUAGAGAAAGCUGGUGUCAUUUUUUGUUCUAUUUCUGAGGCUAUUAAGGAGUAUCCAGAUUUAGUUAGGAAGUACUUGUCUAAAGUUGUGCCCCCAGAAGACAACUUUUAUGCGGCUCUUAAUUCAGCUGUGUUUAGUGAUGGAUCGUUUGUGUAUAUACCCAAGAACACCAAGUGUCCUAUGCAAAUAUCUACUUAUUUUAGAAUAAAUGCAAUGGAAACUGGACAAUUCGAGAGGACUUUGAUUGUUGCGGAUGAAGGGAGCUUUGUGGAGUAUUUAGAAGGGUGUACAGCACCUUCUUAUGAUACGAAUCAGUUGCAUGCUGCUGUGGUGGAGUUGUAUUGUCAUGAAGGUGCAGAGAUUAAGUACUCCACCGUGCAGAAUUGGUACGCGGGAGAUGAGGAAGGUAGAGGAGGGAUUUAUAAUUUUGUUACGAAGAGGGGAGUUUGUGCUGGGGCUCGUUCGAAGAUAUCAUGGACACAAGUAGAGACGGGCUCAGCUAUUACCUGGAAAUAUCCAAGUGUUGUGCUAGAGGGUGAUGAGUCAGUUGGUGAAUUCUAUUCGGUGGCAUUGACCAACAACUAUCAGCAGGCAGAUACAGGAACGAAGAUGAUACACAAAGGAAAGAAUACAAGGAGUAGGAUUAUUUCAAAGGGUAUUUCAGCAGGAAAUUCUAGAAACUGCUACAGAGGACUAGUUCAGGUCUUAUCAAAUGCAGAAAAUGCUCGGAAUUCCUCCCAGUGUGAUUCAAUGCUCAUUGGUGAUAGUGCUGCUGCCAAUACUUAUCCGUACAUUCAGGCCAAGAACCCCACUGCGCGGAUUGAACAUGAAGCCACAACGUCAAAGAUUGGUGAAGAUCAGUUGUUCUACUUCCAACAGAGAGGAAUCGACUACGAGAGAGCAAUGGCUGCAAUGAUCUCUGGGUUUUGUAGAGAUGUUUUCAAUGAACUUCCUGAUGAAUUUGGUGCUGAGGUGAACCAAUUAAUGAGCUUGAAGCUUGAAGGAUCUGUAGGUUAAAGCACACCUUUCAUUUUGGUCUGUAAAACUGAUUGCUGGUGAAAAUAUUGGCUUUUGCAGCCAUUGGUUUUGUCAUCUGUAAAGUUGUAAUAGUAUUGUACUGUACCCAAACUUUUCUCUAUUUACUCUUCAUGUAAAUAAUGUGUGUGAGGCAAUAUCUCAACAGUUCGAUGACUUCUAAUUGAUUGUGCCUGUGCUUGUUUAAGGUUCUUCAAUUGAGGAAUUCAAUUUGAA